AUGGCCAGCGUCAGCAGUCUCGACCAGGAUAUGCGCCGUCUGCGCAUGCAGAAGGCCAAGGAUCCCGCCGCCGUCAAUGAGACAACCACAUGGAUAGAAGAGACGCUGGGACAGAAACUGCCGCCGGGCGACCUCAUGGAUGCCUUGAAGGACGGCACCAUUCUCUGCCAACUGGCCAACCUCGCCAUCCCGCCGCCCGGCAUCAAGUUCAAGAAGUCCGCCAUGCCGUUCAUGCAGAUGGAGAACAUCUCCCACUUCCUCAAGGCCUGCGAGAAGCAGCCCAUCGGCCUCCACGCCCACGACCGCUUUCUGACCGUCGACCUGUUCGAGAAGAAAGAUCCCGCCCAAGUCCUACAAUGCCUGGCCUCGUUCAGUCGUAUUGCCCAUUCCCUCAACCCGGCCAAGUUCCCCACGUGCAUCGGGCCCAAGAAGAGCAACGGCAGCCUGUCGCCGGGGUUGCCGGGACGUGACAGGGGGCUGAGCAAUGCCAGCACUGGCAGCGGAGCCAAGCCGCCGCCGCUCAGAGCUCUCAGCCCCUCGGGAACCGGUGGCUCGAAUUCGUCGAGCGGGGCUAGGUCUCCUGGCCCUACCAGCAGCUGGAGCAGGAGAAAUGACGAGGGUGUGACCUCGCCAGCAUGGAACAUUGCACAAUACGGUUACAUGGGUGGCGCAAACGCAGGUAACCAAGGUGUGGUAUACGGCGCGAGGAGACAGAUUACCACGGCAGCGCCCCAUGUCCCCAGUGCUGCAGAAAAAGAGCGCAAGCGCAAAGAGCAGGAGGCAGAGGCGGAGCGCAAGCGCAAACAGGCGGAGGAGGCUGAUGCACAGCAGCGGGCGACGCGUGGAGCGGAGGAAAGCCGGGCCCGGGCCGAAGAGGAGCGGCGGUGGGAAGAAGAGACCCGCAAGCAACGGGAGCAGGAGAAGCUGAAGGUCGAACAACAAAAACGUGAGUGGGAGGAGCAGGAGCGUAAGUGGAAGGCAGACGAGGAGGCCAGGCUACGCGAAGAACGAGAGGCUGAAGAGCAACUCGAAAAGGAGACACAGCACACCAGGGCCAACAGCGACGCUAGGCUCCGAGGCCAGUUCCUGACCCAAUACCAAGCCGAACAAGGUUUCAAACCCCGUAGCCGACAAGUUAGCCGCAACGACCCGGAACUCGAAGCCGAACGACAGCGCGUAGCCGACCUCGAAAGACAGCUGGCCGAAGCCAAGGAACGGGAACGUCAAUACCAACGCGAGCGCGAGGAGCGCAUCCACGGGUCUCGUCCCGGUUCGGCACGCCCCCCUUCCCCCCCUGAAAGUAAUGUAUCUUGGGCAGGCGACGAGCGCGAAUACCUUCGCCAACAGUGGGAUGAACAUAACCGCGCAGCUCCAGCUCUCCCCUCGCGUCCGCUUCCGGAUCCGGCUACCGCUUCUCCUCCUCCUCUUUCCCCUCGGCCUCUACCUAACCCUGCAGAUUAUAUGUCCGCCAAGUCUCCCAAGACUCCGAAGUCUCCCAUUUCUCCCAUCUCGCCGCCUUCGUCAAACCGCACCGACCGUUUCCUCUCGUCCAACCCCGCUCCUUUCUCUCCGCCUGCAAAGCGUCACACUGCUGCCUCAGAGAUUGGAUUUACUUCUGCUGCAGAGCGCUCAGCGGAAGACGAGCGCCGUGCUGCCUCUCAGCGGAAGACGAAGGCUGGCGGUUGGGCCAGCAAGUCGCUCUUGGAGCGCGAGAUGGAGAGAGAGCGCCAACGACAGAAGGAGUGGGAGGAGGGCCAACAGCGCUUGAAGGAGACGCCGCGUGACGCGAGCGCGGGCAGCAACCCCGGCCAGAGCUGGGAUGUCAACCAAUAUGGGUUCACCGGUGGCGAUAGCCAGAACAGGGUGGGAAGCGGGAUUGGGUUCGGUGGACGGAGGCCGAUUAUCGGGCCGCGUCCCAGGCCUUGA